GAAAACGCUCGGUAUGUGUAAUGCGCAGAGUGCGAUCACCUUCCCAUUGACGUGACGUAUGACGUUCGAGAAGAUUUCACAACAUUGUUGUGAUGUCUGGUGGUGCUUCAUGAUGUGAUGUUCUGUUGUAGAUUACCUAAGAAUGCCAAUUCAGGCUCCACAGUGGACGGAGUUCCUGUCUUGUCCAGUAUGUUGCAAUGCCUUUGACGUCGCCCUCCGGAGCCCCAUCAGCCUGGGCUGCGGGCACACCGUGUGCAAGGCCUGCCUGUCCAACCUCCACCGCAAGCAAUGCCCCUUCGACCAGACCACCAUCAGCAUAGACAUCGAGAGUCUGCCCGUCAACACGGCGCUGCUCCAGCUGGUGGGGCCCGUCAUCAAGAAGGACGAUGACGCCGUCGACCACAAGGUCGUCUCCAGAGACAACCUGGCCUUCUACCAGGACUCGCGGAAGUGCGUCGAGGAGCUGGCCAUGUACUUGAAGCCACAUCCCAAUGGGAACGUCUGCGGCAGCGGAAGCAUUCUCUCCAGGCCCAUGCAGAGGAAGCUAGUCACUUUGAUCAACUGCCAGCUGGUGGAAGACGAGGGCCGGACGAGGGCCAUGAGGGCCGCCAGGUCACUGGGAGAGCGCACUGUCACUGAGCUUAUUUUACAACACCAGAACCCCCAGCAGCUCUCUGCCAAUUUGUGGGCCGCUGUGCGGGCCAGAGGUUGCCAGUUUUUGGGGCCAGCCAUGCAGGAAGAGGUGUUAAAACUAGUCCUUCUGGCUUUGGAAGACGGCUCAGCUUUAUCCCGCAAAGUGUUGGUCAUGUUUGUGGUGCAGCGUUUGGAGCCCCAUUUUCCUCAAGCCUCUAAGACCAGUAUAGGCCACGUGGUCCAGCUUUUAUACAGGGCGUCUUGUUUCAAAGUUUCGAAGCGUGAAGGAGACUCGUCUUUGAUGCAACUAAAGGAGGAAUUUCGCACUUAUGAAGCUCUUCGUCGCGAACACGAUGCUCAAAUUGUUCAAAUUGCAACUGAAGCCGGUUUGCGAAUCGCUCCAGAUCAAUGGUCGGCUCUUUUGUAUGGCGAUACGGCUCAUAAAUCUCACAUGCAGAGCAUCAUCGACAAGUUGCAAACUCCUCAAUCUUUCGCUCAAUCGGUACAGGAAUUAGUUAUUGCGUUACAAAGGACGGGGGAUCCCGGGAAGUUGUCAGUUUUGAGAACUCCUCUGGAAUUAUUGGCGGCGAUUGAUCCUAGUCCAGAAUCAUCAACUCCAUCAUGGAAAGAAUGUAGUGAAGCCCUCGAGGCCGUUCGCCUAGUCGUAGCAGGCCUAGUAGAAUUUAUUCAUCAACAUGGUAGUCGAAAAUUACAAGAUACAGCACAUCCACAACAUGCCAAAUAUAAAAUCAGCAUGUGCCGUGAUUUAACAUUGCGGGGAAAUUGUCCUCGAGGUACCAAUUGCACGUUUGCACAUUCCAAUGAAGAGUUGGAGAAAUAUCGGGCGAAAAACCGCAAGACUAUAAUCCGCAACAAGGAACAUCGAAUCGACAGCCAAUCACCGACCGAGAAAAUCUACCCCCAAACCGAAGACUACUAUUCGAUGCCGAACACAGCGACCGUUAGCCCUGUGCCCAUCCCAACCGUCGUCCAAAUCCAACGGAUGGGUUAUGACGUUCCCUUCAACCACAACCUGCCUCCCUACGCCCCACAACCCAUCUACGCCCAAACACCUCCAUAUCCACACGACGUCUACCAAACUGCCCCACCAAACCUAGUUCUAGCCAACAACGACCAAUUCUACCCACCACAGACUGAUUUCACAAACAUUGGCCAUCAGAGCAACUCGAUGGUGGAGAAAAAAUGGGAUAAUGUGAUACCGAAAAACCAGAAUGUGCUUCAACACCACACGAAAAGAUCGUCAACGAAGAGUUUAGCUGAAUUGCAUCAACGGAAACAGGAGGUUUUGUCGCAACUGGAGAAAGUUGUAGGAAAGACGGCGGCAACGGCGAUUUCACAUAAUGCGACGAGUCUUGCCAGGCAAGAGUCGCACCAUGAUCUGGAUAGUCCAACAUCACCGUAUUCGUUCUGGUCAGGGCAUGUCAAUAGUGGGCCUACUUUUGUGCGGUCGGAUUCUAUUCUGGCCGCUGAUGAUGACUAUGUGCCGUAUGAUUCGCCGGCGAUUAGUAAGUACGGGCCCAUCUCGAGGAUGCAUAAGGAUAAUGGACAGGUUUCAACGUUCAGGGAUGGGAAUAUGUCAUCGUCUUUAUUACGCCGCCCUCUUGCAUCUGCUAGUCCAGUGACCUCAUUAUACUAUAAUAAUAAUCCACCGCCAUUCCAUCAAGGUCCAAUUCCAGCUGGUGCUAUUGUUGGACAUCCUGGAGGUGGCAUAGGAUCUCCUCAAUUGAUUUAUCAUCCAAGAGUUCAAGACCCAUCCAAGGAACUUUUGGCCGAAUCGCAACGAGUAAAGUUGCAAUUGUGCAAUUUAGAAAAACAAUUAAACGACCUAAAGUUGGCUACACAGGGUGUAACAACUUUAAGCGAACGCGAUAGACUGACACAGGAACUGCAAUUAAUUGAACAAGGGAUUCAAGAGAAGCAGAAAGAGGCCUGUUUGAAUAAAAUCGUCCAUUCCUUAAACCAAGCGAUGAGCAACUACAACAACGCCAACGUGACCAAUUUGGAGAAUUCCGAAGAGGCGAUGUAUGAAGCAGAUAUUGCCAACGACAUGCGCCAGUUAGAGAUCCGACUGCAGGAAGAGAUCGAGGAGCAAGAGAAGAUAUGGAGCAGUGAAGAGGACUCCAACCAGUAAAUUUAAACCCAAUGGGUUCAGUUCUUCUUUUAUUUCAUGACAUGUUUUCGUGUGGGCAUGCAAGUCUGAUACUAUUUUGAAUCAUAAUGGGAAUACGGUUGUUGCAUUUUUUCCUUUAUUUGAUAAGACGUAUGAUUCAAAAUAUUGCGAUAUAUUCAGACUGUUUUAUUCACAUUAAAUACAAUAGGUGCAUUUCGCGUGUUUACUGAAUUUGAUGAGUAGUUGUUCCAGUUUUAUUGGAAAGAAACGCGGCGGCGGUGGCGGCGUCUUUUAUCACUCGCUCCAGAGAACGAUUAGCUGAAAUGUUAUCUAUCUUUAAUCAUACUGUGUGUGAUCGGUAUAUCAAUGUUAUGAGUUGAUAUAUUUUAAUUUAGUGUGCAUUUGUUUGAAAAUGCAACUGACUAUGAAGUUAUUAUGCUUAAAUUUAAUUAUAUAGUCUAAUUUAUUAAGCUUUAUAGAGAAAUCAAAUGUGUGUUACUGUGUUACAAAGAAAUUACCAUCACUGAUGUUUGCGAGACAUUUUCAACUAAGCAUUUAUAUUUAAUAUCUUUGUAAUAUAGGUAAUCCAACAUACAUGUAUAAUGUAAUUUGAUGUAUGCAUUCAGUGAUUAUUUAGAGCUGUCAUUUUUUAUUGUAGUAACGAUUCUUUGUUAUAUAUUUUUCCUACAAAAGUAUUUAUGACUAUGAAAAUUUACGCGCGCUUUAUUCUGUUUUACAUUUUUCCUAUUAUUAUAUUUAUACAAUUGUGUCAUAUCGUGUGUUUGCAAUUUAUACAAAUUGUGUUUUUCGUUUGACUUUUACUUAAUGGUACCACAUUUAAAAUGUAUUAUCGUUUUGUUAGUAACUGAGGAAAUACUUUUUUUAAAUGCCAAAGUAUGUUUUUCCAAGUCGUAAUGUUCUGGAUGGCUCUUGUUGUAAUUGUUUGCCACUUUUCUAUCAUGCCAUAAAUAAAUAACUGCUUUGACAGCUCUGCCUUACCAAUUUAUUGUAAUAAGAUUUAAAAUUCUUUGCUAAAGCAAGUCUGCAAUAUUAGUCUAGGCUGUGUAACGUAAUUGUUUACUCUUUUCGUGGUUGUACCUAAAGUUGUUUAUGUUUGCCCUAUAGUCAAGUUUUAUUUAUUGAGUCAUCUGGCAUUCAUUUUAUUAUUAGGUCAUGUUGCACAUGUGAUUAAUAUUUAACUAUUUAUACUGAUUACAUUAAUCACGUAUGUAUAUUUGGGUGGAAGUAUAUAAAUUAUACCAAUAUUUAAAUAAAUUAUUAUUACCCAUCGUC